CCUCAUCAUUCGAGGAUUGAAGGCACCAACGUUUCAACAUAAAACCGUCACUGGUUUUUGUUUUCUUUUGUUGAAAUUUUGACAGCGUCUUUACAAUGGCCAAAACAUUUACACUGCUCGCGGCCCUUUUGAUUGUCUUUGCCAUUGGAGCCACAUCAACUGAAACUAAAGGAUCAACAACUAAAGCAUCAACAAAUCCAACUGCGACUGAAGCUUCAGCAACUCCAACCAUGACUGAAGGUUCAACAAUCACAGCUGAAGGAGGUUCAGCAACUCCAGAGAGUCCACCUACAGGGACUCCAGCAACAACUGAUUCCGGUGCUACGAAACCUUCAACCUCAGCAACACAAGUUCCUACAACKACAGAAUCUCCAAACGCCUGUCUUUUGAACCCAUGUGGCAGCGGAAGCACCUGUGAACCUCGUGCCGAUAGGAAUUAUGUGUGUUUGUGUCUGGCUGGUGAUUUUUACAACUAUGACACCGACAGCUGUCAGAAGGCUAAAGUUUUCCCUGGACGGCUUGGUCUAACCAGAGCAUUUGAAUCAGACAUGGCUAACAAGCAAUCAGCGACAUUUAAAAAAAACGCAGAGGAAAUUAUUUCUGAGUUAAAAAAAGUGUAUUCAGCAAAUAAACAAUAUUCUGGAUCUACAGUGCUGGAACUCGGGAAAAAAAUAAACAGCAAAGUUAUCUCAAAGACUACUGGAACCAUUGAAGCCUCUAUAGAAAUUGUCUUCCAAGCAAAUUCCGAUGUUACUUUAAAAGACGUUACAGACAGUUUGAAAAACUAUGCUUGUGGCAAAUGUAUCCUCAAAGACUCAGAUUUUUAUGCUGAAAACUUGUGCAAAAGCAAUGCCUGUGAUGAAAAAACCACAGAAUGCGUUCCUGGAGAUGGCUCUUUCUCCUGCCAAUGCCGAAAUGGCUACAUUAAAACAGAUUUUGCUGACAGAAUUUGUGUGGAGUGCCCCAGCGGUUAUAGAGCAGACGAUUCAACAUGUGUUCGUUGUAAUUUUGGUCACACCGGUUUUAACUGUGAAGACAGUCGGCUGUUAGGGGUGGUCAUCGCUGCCUCUGUGCUCGGAGGACUGCUGCUCAUCGCCAUCAUCGUCAUGCCAAUAGUUGUCGUCAAAAUAAAAAAGAAAGUCUCCAAGAAAAACACGAACGAGGACAUUGGAAAACCCUACGUGAGCCAUUCUGUUGCCAAGAUUCCAGCAGCUAACAGCAGCGUUCCCAACGGCAUGUCGGGCUCCUCCAGAGGGCCAGCUGGUGGUGUGGCAGCCCCCACUGCCAUACCCCGUAUCCCACGGGCCACAGGUGGCUCCAACUGGGACAACAGAACCAACCUGGAGAUGGUGCCGAGCAACAGUCGUCAAAACCUGAUUCCUUCGGGGAGGAACGGGUGGAUUAAUGAAGACCAAGAWGACUCGUUCAAAUUUGGCCAGUCUCGACCCCAGACCAAUCAUUACGAGCAGAAUCGACCCCAGCAGAACCCUUACGGCCAGAGCUCAUUCGUCAACCCGUACUCUCAGAGACAAGGCAACUCCAACCCGUACUUCAUGUCAGACGAUGACAGAUAUUCCAGAUAAUCUCAAAUGCUGACAUUUCCCCRGAUCUAACCUUGGUUAUUUUUAUUAUUACUCCUAAAUACUGCAUGAUGUAAGUUUACCUGUAUAGUAACUUAUGUAUAAAAAGAAGCACAAUAGUCACACAUUAGCUAAAGAAAUGUGCAAUGUUCUGAAAUGCAAAUAUUGUUUAUUUACCCCUUMGACCUGCACAGUGAGACUUACAUUCUGACUUUCUCAUCAUCUUGGUUUUAUUAUUUACUUGACAUAUUUAAUGUUCAGGAACUUUUUAUUCAGAUUAAAGUAAAAGUUAACAUCUGUAAAUCAAUAAAUUAAGCAUUAUAAAUCACCAGCACAUAACAUUUUUUUAAUUUAGAGAUUUUGUAUUUGACUAAAAUCCCUCAAAAAAGAAAAAAAGUCACUUUUUUAAUAAUUAGUUUACAAAGAUAUUUAUCUGCAACAGGCCAGAUACUUACUACCAAUAACCCCAUCCACAGACCUCAAUCUAAAACAAAACAAACCAUCACUUUAAUGUUUUUAUUCAUCUAUGAAUUUACAAGUAAUGAUUUUACACACAAAGUGUUCCAGGUUUGGGAUGACUUUCAGUUUUCUGUGUUUAACGUUAUUUCUGUAAGUGAGGUGAGCUUCUUUAAUUAAGAUUAAAAAGGUUUUAUUCUACGAAAUCAGAGAACAUUUGGUGUCUUCAUUUUUCAAUAGAAUUUGUAUAAAAUGUUUCAUUGUGUUUUAUAUGAGAGUCCUGAGAGUUUAUUUUGUUUAUUAACCACUUCAGAAAUUGCUUUUCAGAUUGAUUCUCAGCUGUCAUUCAACAUAAAAUAGAAUUAUA